AUGGCUACUCGAAGCGUUGGAUUAGAUGGUGCUGAGUCACAGUACUGCGAUCUCUCGGGACGCGGACUCACAACGGGGCAAGCUGACCGCACACUUCGCGUAUUCGCAACGGCUGACACUAUCGACUUGUCCAACAAUGAGAUCGACAAGAUACCGGCGUCAAUCCCCACUGAAGUAGUAACACUGGACAUUUCGUUUAACAUUAUUGCAAGCAUUCAAGAGAUCGAACGGCUGAAGUUUGUUCAGGAGCUUCACUUGGCGUUCAACCGCCUCGAUGACGUCCGACCGCUUGAAUUCUGCCCACGACUCGUUCGAGUCAACUUAAUACGCUAA